AUGAACGACGUUUCGUCUACGUCGAUGCAUCUCAGAUCUGUCUCCGUGGAGAAUAUCAGAGGCAUACUAGAUAAACUCGGCGUCAAAAACGGAGCUCAAUUAAAAGAAAGCAUCAUGCUUGAACGCGCCUUUCUCCAAGCGUGGGCCGAAUUCCGAGACGACUUCAUGUGGAGGAAUCUAGGCAGGGUCACCAAGCCCAACCUUACGGAACAUCGAGGCAUCGUCAUGAAAGAGCUCAGCGCAGGCCUGUGCGGCAUCUAUCUCCCCGACUACGGCGAGGAGCUCGACAAGUCAGGCUGGAGUCUGGCUGACCACUACAUCCGCUUUACUUUCGUUUUGGUUUCCUGGCUACGGCGUCCAGGGAAGGUUUUCCAUGCGAGGCCGGCAGGUGACUUGCUAGAUAUUGUCGAGGGGGUAUGGAGUUUGCUCGAUAUGCUAGCGGAUCAGUACCGAUGGGCUCAGCGGAUCAGUUUGGCGAGGAUAACUCAGGCGCAGGCUUCUGUUGCGAGGGAUUUAGGAUGGGAAAGGGAAUCUUGUAGUACGGAUGGCAGCUCCGACACACUUCCCCUGCAGGACAACGGGCUAGGCGCCUCAUGUGAGGCUUCUUCACCGGAUUCGACAAUCUAUACGCCUGAAGGGAGUGUGCAUGGAUCGCCUGAAGAGACAGUGUAUAGAUUGGAAGAGUUUGAAAGCGCACAUCCUUCAUAUGAUCCGGAGGGGGCCGUCAUCAAAACGUUGUUGUCUGGCAACAAUAAAAACGUUGAGGAACCAUCCUCUCCUAGGCCUAUGUUCCAGUCAGAAUUUCCUCUCCGGGGUUGGAAGUUUUCGCCUUAG